AUGAAUGUCAAUCAGCGGGACUUUGCAUUGAGGACUGCGGCUGAGGGGGAUGCUGCAAAGUACAGCAGAGACCAUUCCCUAAUCUGCUCCCUCCCCAGACUUCAGCCAGGGCAACGCUUUUUGCAAACCAAGUCACAUGCAUGCAAAGCCCAAGAGGACAAACUGAACCCAUAUAGGCGAAGUGAAGCCUCCAAGGUCAAGUUACCUCCAAUUCGGGAUACUGGAAGGCCCAAGGACCAGUCUUCAAACUGCAUUAAAGAGCUAAAAAACCAGAAUUCUAUACUGCUGCAACAACUAAAAGAGUCCAAGAGUGAGAACAAACUGUUGAAGAACGUUCUGCAUCGACACACGGUGGCGCUGCAGCAGUUCCAAGAUUUAGAAGGCAGUAUUUCACAGAUACAGGACCAGCACAGAAACGAGGUAAAAGCUCUGCGGAAGCUCCUGGGUGAGACGCGCUUGAGCCGUGACAGGCUGGCAAAGAAGCUGCAGGCCACUGAGAAGGAGUUGUUGGACGCCAAAGACAGGAUCCAGACCCUCCAGUGGAGGGUCAUCCAGAACCCCAACCUGCUGGAGAAAGAGGAACUCACCUACAGGCUGAAUGAGAUCACCCUCCAGCUCGAGGAGAAGGACAAGAGGAUACAGUUCCUGGAGAAGAGUAACAUGCUGCUUCAAGGCUCACUCAAUCGCCACGUAGCAAUAGAACAGAGAAAACUGUACAAGACCAACGACAUGUCUGUCGGCCUACAAGCACAAGUUAAUGAAUUAGCCAAGAAGACUCAAGCCAGGAUGAGAGAAUCGCAGACAAGCAUAUCUGCAAUCAGAUCCCGGAAACAGCUGCACAAAAAAGGCAAGCAAAACAAGAUGGUCCAGACAGACGAAUUCAUCUCUCCAUGCAGCGAUGCCGACAGUCGCCUCAAGUCAGACUUUUCGGAGUCUGACGACAUGCUGCAACCGUGCCAGAGCCCAGUCACCCCGGAAUAUGUGCCAAAGGAGUCUCAAACGAGUAAACGUAGAAAGUACAUCAACGACGCUACUAAGUAUGAAGUUUCAGCCUCUCAGGAUGUCCCUCAUCAAGCACCAAGAAGACAGGUCUUAGGAGAGGAGUCUGCGAUGGAGGAGUGCAAGGACGAAGCAGAGGUGGAAGAGAAGCAGAAGGAGAGAAAUAGGGGGCAGGGAGACCAGAAUGAAGAGGAGGAGGAGGAGGUGGAAGUGAAGCAAAAGGAGAGGAAUAGGGGGCAGGGAGACCAGAAUGAAGAGGAGGAUGACGAGGAAGUGACGCAUGAGAUGAAUAGGGAGCAGGAAGACAAGAAUGAAGAGGAGGAGGAAGACAAGCUGCAGGAAAGGAAUAGGGAGCUGGAAGUCGAGAAUGAAGAGGAGGAGGAGGAGGAGGAGGAGGAGGAGGAAGAAAAUGUGGAGAUGGAAGAUGAGGAGGACGAGAGAUCAGAAGAGCACGGUGGUGUGGCAAAAGGGGGAAAAGAGGAGACGGAGGAGCUAGAGGAGGAGAAUGAGAAGCAGGAGGAGGAAAAGGAUGAGGAAGAGGAUGCAGAUGAAAAAGAAGAGAGGUCUCUAGAAGAACGCUUAUUGGAGCAGUUUAAGAAAAUAAGAGAAGAUGUUUAUGAUGAUGAGGAAAAUGACAUUGAUGAGUAUGAGGAGGAGGAGGAAGAAGAAGAAGAGGACGAUAAGGAGGAGAAUGGAGCAGAGAAGGAGCAAGAGGAGGAGGAAGAAAAGGCUGAAGGAAAAGAUAUGGAGGAGUUGGAGGAGGAUGACGACAAUGACAAAAAGGUGGAUGACGAAAGCGAAGAUGAGGAUGAAAAUGAGAAGGAAGAGUAUGAUGAGGAGAAUGAAGGGAAAGAGGAAGAGGAGCAGGAUGAAGAGGUUUGGACAUCCAGUCGACAAAGCUCUGUGUCCUGCAUUGCCAACGAGCCCAAGUUGACACCGCGUGAGCCAAAGCGAUGCUCGAAGCCUAAACUACGCCGCAAGUACAACUUCAACCCAGUAACCACGAACCUGCACUUGGGCAAGCCGGCCUACACCGGUGUGCAACUCAGGUACUACAAAGGUGCAAAUGUGCCAGUGAGGGAGGAGACCCUUUACUGUCGCAACCGGAAACGUUCAAUCGAGCUAUUAGAGGACGCUUCGUUGAGCGACGAGCAGACCAGCCAACCGGAUGCCACCAGUGAUGGCUCGGAUUUGGAAUCAAAAAAUAAUGAAUCAUGUUCAUGGACUUAAAGCUGCAGUCACAGACAAUUUUUGGCUUGUUCUUCCCACCCCAACAUGCAGUUCAUUUGCUACGAUUCACUUUGUGCCCAGGUUGGACAUUUCUCUGCGGGCAUGUGUAAAGACACUUGAGGACACAACCCGUUACGAUGUAUAUACAUAAACUAUGGCUUCAUUCAUUACCUUUGCAAAGCACAAGCACAUUGUUUUUUUGUUGGGUUUUUUUGUAUCGUUUGGUCUGCAACUUCCUGGUUUGUUUGUAAGCAGGACUACACAAAAACAAAUAUGAAGGAUGCGGUAUGAUGCACUAACAGUACCAUUGGGAGUUGUCAGCCAUACUGUGCAACACUGCCACCUACAGGACUGGAGGGCAAAGUAAUAGUUGCUAAACCAGGGGUGUUCAGACUUUCUACACAAAACUUUUUGCACAAAAAUAUGUGGGCUAAGUACUUAAAACUAAAUUGCAAAAAAAUGGCCAUCAUCCACAAACCUUAUGUGA